CUAAAAUGAUGACGUACUUAAAAAAAAACACUACACAACAACAUUUGUCAAUCUCAGCGUUUCUACAAACAGCUGUAAAAACAUGUCUCCGAUCUCAAACCUCUUCACCGACAACACAAUGAACGUUCCUCCUUACGCAAUUCUCGUUCUCACUACUAUCAUUACAGUUUUUUGGUUCCUUCUCAAACGCUCGCCGCAACCGCCUCUACCACCUGGACCCCGAGGGCUACCUAUCGUCGGAAACCUCCCGUUUCUUAAGCCAGACCUUCACACCUACUUCAGAGACCUAGCUCAAGAAUACGGUCCAAUCUUCAAACUCAACCUUGGCUCAAAACUAACUGUCGUGGUCAACACUCCGUCGCUAGGUCGAGAGAUCUUGAAAGAACAAGACAUCAAUUUCUCAAACCGUGACGUCCCUCUCACGGCUCGAGCCAUUACCUAUGGUGGUCUCGAACUUGUUUGGUUACCGUACAGUGCGGAGUGGAGAACGCUUAGAAAAGUUUGUGUUCUCAAACUACUUAACCGCAAAACGUUGGAUUCAAUUUACGAGCUAAGGCGCAAAGAGAUCCGAGAGAGAACGAGGUUUUUAUACGAGAAAAGUCAAGAAGAGGCGGCGGUUAACGUUGGUGAUCAGUUGUUCGUGACGAUGAUGAAUCUAACGAUUAAUAUGUUGUGGGGAGGUUCGGUGAAAGCCGAGGAGAUGGAGAGUGUUGGAACAGAGUUUAAAGUAGUGGUUUCUGAGAUAACUAGGCUUUUGGGUGAGCCUAAUAUUUCGGAUUUCUUUCCGUGGCUAGCGAGAUUCGAUCUUCAAGGGCUCGUGAAGCAGAUGCGCGUGUGUGCUCGUGAGCUCGAUGCCAUAUUCGACGGAGCCAUUGAGAAGAUGCCAAAACUAGAAAGUAAGGAUGAUGGUGAGUGCAAAGACUUUUUGCAACAGUUGAUGAAGCUAAAGGACCAAGAAGCCAACUCGGAGGUUCCCAUUACGGUUAACCAUGUCAAAGCUGUUCUCACGGAUAUGGUGAUUGGUGGUACUGAUACAUCUACAAACACGAUAGAGUUUGCGAUGGCCGAGCUUAUAAAGAACCCAGAGUCGAUGAAGAGAGCGCAACAAGAGCUAGACGAAGUUGUAGGAAAGGAUAACAUUGUUGAAGAAUCACACAUCACUAGACUACCUUACAUAGUAGCCAUUAUGAAAGAAACACUUAGGCUUUACCCGACCGUUCCUUUGUUAGUCCCUCACCGUCCAGCUGAAACAGCUGUGGUCGGCGGUUACACCGUCCCUAAGGACACUAAAAUCUUCAUCAAUGUUUGGUCUAUUCAAAGAGACCCAAAUGUGUGGGAAAACCCGAACGAAUUUCGUCCCGAGAGGUUUCUUGAUAAGAAGUCUUGUGAUUUCCAUGGAACUGACUAUAGCUUUCUUCCUUUUGGAUCUGGCCGGAGAAUUUGCGCCGGUGUAGCACUCGCAGAGAGGAUGGUUCAGUACACUCUUGCAACGCUGUUGCAUUCAUUCGAUUGGAAGAUUCCAGAAGGCCAUGAGUUAAAUGUGGAAGAUAAGUUUGGUAUUGUCUUGAAGCUCAAAAACCCUCUUAUUGCCAUGCCCGUUCCGAGGUUGUCUGAUCCUAAUCUUUAUCUGUAGAAACUAAGAUCUUUGUAUUAAUGAAGUUUUCGAACGUCAUGUAUGUUUGUGUACUAAAAAUAAUCAUCAA